GAGUCGCUCACUUUCUGUGAUUUACCCUUCCUUUUCUCUCUCUUUUUCUAAAUGGUUUGGCUUGGUUGGGUUUUUAAUCAGACGCAGCCUUUCUCCAAUAGCCUGUUCUCCCUUGCGCGCCUGUGUUUGUGUGUGUGUGCGGGAGAGAGGGAGGCAGAGAGAGAAGCUGUGCCUGGGCUAUGCUGACAGACGACUUUUUCCUCAGUUGUCAGGUUUUGAGCCUGUCGGCAGCGCUGCUGCGUUAAAGGUGGAGCGUGUGCAUGUGCUGGGGGCAGCAUCCAUCCUCGCUGAGCUUUAACCAAAGCCGUAACCUGCAGCUAUGGAGUCACCGACUAAGGAAAUCGAAGAAUUUGAGAGCAACUCACUGAAAUACCUGCAGCCAGAGCAAAUAGAGAAAAUCUGGCUUCGUCUCCGAGGCUUGAGAAAAUACAAGAAAACAUCACAGAGACUGCGGUCUUUGGUAAAGCAGUUAGAAAGAGGGGAAGCUUCAGUUGUAGACCUGAAGAAGAAUUUGGAAUAUGCUGCAACUGUUCUCGAGUCAGUAUACAUUGAUGAAACCAGGCGUUUACUGGACACAGAAGAUGAGCUCAGUGAUAUCCAGUCUGACUCUGUACCCUCCGAGGUCCGGGACUGGUUGGCUUCUACCUUCACGCGGCAAAUGGGGAUGAUGCUCAAAAGGACAGAGGAAAAACCCCGGUUCAGGAGUAUUGUCCAUGCAGUACAAGCUGGGAUAUUUGUGGAAAGAAUGUACAGACGGACUUCAAAUAUGGUUGGUUUGAGCUACCCACCAGCUGUAAUUGGAGUGCUAAAGAAUGUAGACAAGUGGUCCUUUGAUGUAUUUGCACUAAAUGAUGCCAGUGGGGAUCAUGCACUGAAAUUCAUUUUCUAUGAACUCCUCACACGCUAUGAUCUGAUCAACCGUUUCAAGAUCCCCAUUUCUGCCCUGGUGUCCUUUGUGGAAGCUCUGGAGGUUGGCUACAGCAAACACAAAAAUCCCUAUCACAACCUAAUGCACGCUGCAGAUGUGACACAGACAGUCCAUUACCUCCUUUUCAAGACAGGUGUAGUGCACUGGCUGACAGAGCUGGAGAUCUUCGCUAUGAUCUUUGCAGCUGCCAUCCAUGACUAUGAGCACACUGGAACCACCAAUAACUUUCACAUCCAGACACGGUCAGACUCAGCCAUUCUAUACAAUGACCGAUCCGUGCUUGAAAAUCACCACGUUAGUGCAGCGUAUCGUCUGUUGCAAGAUGAUGAGGAGAUGAAUAUUUUAUCUAAUCUCUCAAAGGAUGACUGGAGGGAAUUCAGAGCUCUAGUAAUUGAGAUGGUGUUGGCCACGGAUAUGUCCUGUCACUUCCAGCAAAUCAAAGCCAUGAAGAAUGCUUUGCAGCAGCCAGAAGGAAUUGACAAGCCGAAAGCCUUAUCACUGUUGUUGCAUACAGCAGAUAUCAGUCAUCCAGCCAAGGCCUGGGAUCUCCAUCAUCGCUGGACCAUGUCUCUGCUAGAGGAGUUCUUCAGACAGGGUGACAAAGAAGCAGAACUAGGGCUUCCCUUCUCUCCACUGUGUGAUCGCAAGUCUACUAUGGUUGCUCAGUCUCAAAUAGGUUUCAUUGAUUUCAUUGUGGAACCCACUUUUACUGUGCUGACUGACAUGACCGAGAAGAUUGUGACUCCACUCAUAGAUGAAGCUUCCCGCUCUGGCAUGUCUGGGUUCAGGCGUUCCAGUCUGAAUAGUAUUAGUCCCUCUGAAGUUAAACGAUCAAGUGUCAAGAGCACUGGGUCCGAAGGAAGUGCCUCACACAACUGCUCCAUACUCACUGUGGACUUCAAAUGUUUUAAAGCCACCUGGACUGAGGUGGUGCAGCAGAACCGGGAGAAAUGGAAAGCGCAAGCCACCAAAGAAGAAAAAGCUAAGAAAGAAGCAGAAGAAAAUGCUUAUCAGGGAACAGAUGAAAAGAAAACAGAUGAGAAGGAUGAGAAGAAGCCAGCUGAAGAUUCUACAGCAGCAAACACAGAGAACAUCAGAGAACCAAAUCCUAGUGAAAACAAAAGUGCAGAUUCCAGUAAGAAUCAUGUAAGUGGGACUCGGCAAACUGGGGUGAACAAACAUGAAGCCUCUCAAGGGAAAAAUGCACCUAGGACAGAUAAGGGAGAGGACUCUCAUCAUCCACUUGGAGAACAGAAGCAGCAUGUCCAUAAUGGUGAAUUAAAGGAAGAAAAUAAGUUGGACAAAAAAGAUCAAUCCAAUGUGGGGGAUGAAUCAAAGAAAGCAGAUGGUCCAGCACGACGUUCAGCUGACUUACCAGGCUCUGGCUCCUCGGCAAACCACCUUACAUUGCCAGCCAUCAAACCUCAGUUGCAUCACCUCAGGAGGCCUAUUCACAGCUCAGGAGACUAUUUUCCAGCCUUCCACAAGAAAUCAGAGGAAAAUUCACUGAGAUAUAAACUGCUUGACCAGAGAGGAAGGAUGAGUAAGAUCCAACAUAUUUCCCAGAGCUGGAACAGGAAAUAGCAGAAGAGAUAAAGAGGCAUUGCCUGGAAUGAUGCUCCUCAUGGGCAGAUGGAGGACAUUGUGUGACCAUUGCACAGGCCAUACUGCAUUGUACAGCAGCUGCACUUCUAGAUAAAAGCAAGUGUAUGAUUUAGCUAAAAAAUUAGAAUGGACUCUUCGUUAAAAUAUUCUCAGUUGUGAAUUCACAGUCUGCUGCACACCAUAGGUUUGUAGCUAUGUCUGACAUCAAACUCCACCAGCCUAAAUCAAAUGCAAUGAA